CACACACACACACACACAGAGAGAGAGAGAGAAAUAAAACACUGAAUCAUGUAUGUGGUCUGUUCAUUUGUAGGUUAACCAGAGGAGGACUUAGCAUGGCGCAAACUGCCUGUUGGACUUUGCUGACUUUAAUGACAGUCUCUUCCUUUGCACCAGGUGCUCUAUCCCAACAAACUUGCUCAGACAAGCUGCUGUCGAUAAAGGGAGGACAUUUUACCCUUAGCCGGGAUUUUGAAUUAGGCACUUUACUGGCCUACAAAUGCCAAGAUGGAUACUAUUCUCCAGUUCAAAGUCGUCGCUGUCUGUUCAGUGGGAGGUGGAAGCCCUUACCAAAGCGUGGACUACAAUGCAAGAAGGUCAGAUGUCCUGAUCCAAGUGUUUUUAAACAUGGAAAUGUCCUGCCACCACUAGGCAGGUACUACGUAAAUGACACAACAACGUAUGAAUGCUUUUCUGACUACAAACUCUAUGGGUCUGCGACUCGUGUCUGCAAAGCCAAUGGAAAGUGGAGUGGCAGGACACCCAUUUGCAGUCGCAACACGGACCACUGCCCAGAUCCUGGAGUGCCAGCCGGUGCACGCAGGGAUGGCCACAUCUUUAACAUCGGUGACAAAGUGACCUACCGCUGUGAGGAUGGCUUGAUGCGCGUCGGCUCCAAGGAGCGCACGUGCAAGGAGAGUGGAGACUGGACUGGCAACGAGCCCGAGUGUCACUUCGAUUACACAUUUGACACACCAGGGGAAGUGUCUGAGGCGUUUGGAAGUGCCCUCAAGAACAGCUUGAAACAAGCUGAUGAAGAAAGCCCCAAUCAACAGCAGGGGAAGAAAAUCCAUCUGGAUAAGGGUGGGAACAUCAACAUUUUUAUCGCCAUUGAUGCAUCUGAUAGCAUUGACAAGGAUCACAUCCAAAAGUCCAUUGAUAUAACUAAGAACCUGAUUGAGAAGAUCAGCUACUACGAUGUGACGCCCAAUUAUGACAUUAUGUUCUUUGCCACCAAGGUUACGCCAGUUGUUGACAUAAAAAAUUACUAUAUAGGGAACCCAAAAAGUCUGGCAGAUGUCAUAACAGAUUUGGACAAAUUUAAUUUUGAUGAUAAUGGAGAUGAUUCUGGAACCAACCUGGGAGCAGCCUUUACAAACAUUCUGGAGCACAUGAGUUUUAUAAAAGCAAGAAAGCCUGAGCAGUUUCUGAACAGCAGCCAUGUAAUCAUCAUGUUCACUGAUGGCGAAUCCAACAUGGGCCAAGAUCCAAAGCGUCCAGUGAGUCAAAUCAAGGAUUUUGUGUAUGGAAAUAAAAAAGAGCAGCGUAUGGAAAAACUGGAUAUAUACAUGUUUGGCCUGGGGCAGGAUGUAGAGAGGGAGUUGCUCACAGAAUACGUGACAGACAACGCAGGAAAGCAUGUGUUUUUGAUGGAGGAUCUAGACCAACUCCAUCAAGUCUUUGAUGAAAUGAUUGAUGAGAGCAGCAAUGUAGGUUUGUGUGGUCUCCACAGAGACUACAGCUAUGGCCAUAAGGAGACAGCCUCUAAGUACCGUCAGCAGCAGCCUUGGCUGGCUGAGAUCUCUGUCCGACAUGUAGAGGGAUCUCCCUCCAGCUGUUUGGGUUCUCUGGUCACCCCCCGCUUCAUCUUGACUGCUGCCCACUGCUUCAAGUUUGGAGACACAAGCGACAGAAUAACUGUUACAAUUGAAGACGGAAAGACCAAAGAUCAUGAAGUGAGGAUACACAUCCCUCAUCCAGACUAUAAUAUUUUGGCCAAGAAAGAUAAAGGCAUACCAGCAUUUUUUGACUUUGAUGUGGCGCUUAUUGAACUUAAGGAAGAUGUUGCGAUCUCUGCCACUGCAAGACCGAUCUGCAUUCCUUGCACUAAGGAAACCAGUGGUGCUUUGAAACUGACCGGCGCUGAUGUGAAAUGCAAGGAUCAUGAGAGGCUGUUAUUGAAUAAUGAGUAUGAAGAUGCUUAUAUAAUGUCGCCAAAAAGGGAAAAAAAAUUCAUUAAAAUCAAGCUCGGAAAUGCGAGGGAUGCCUGCAUUGAAGAUGCCAAGAAAGCCAAAGAUAUGACGGCCACUGAUGCAAAGGAGAUUGUAACUGAAAACUUCCUGUGCACUGGUGGGAUCGCUCCUGUCACAGAUCAUGUUGCAUGCAAAGGCGACUCGGGUGGUGCACUAUUUACUGACAAGAGUCACCGCACAGUACAGGUUGGAGUUGUGAGCUGGGGUGUAGAGGACAUCUGCAAGGGCCAAACUCUGGUGUUAUCCCGCGAACACACUAGAGACUACCACAUCAACCUCUUUAAGGUCCAGCCAUUCUUAAAGAAGCACCUGGGUAAUCUCACUGCAAAAUAUGCACCACUAACCUUUCUAGAGUAGAGAUACGUAUACGCCUUCUGUGAUUAUGCAAACUGUUCUUUGCUUUUCAUGGCUUCAGUAGAAAUGUAUUCACUGUUCAAUAAAGAUGACAUUUUUCCUAAUUUUUUUAUAUAUUUUCUCACUCUUAAAUAAAAAUUACUGUUGCCUUCCUGGUUAUUUUAAACUUCAUAGAAAAUAAUCUCUGUUAAUCUCUUAAGGGGCCAUUCAUUUGGAAAAAGAAUACCUUAAAAUCAUUUUUAAAAAUUGUUGUUUUGGGUUUUUGAUGUGUGGUGUUUUAGUAAUAAUGAAAGGUAUGUUGAGAUUCUGGAGAGGCUUCUGGAAAAUAAAA